GUGCGAGUACGUGGUAAUUAAGUACUAGACAAAGAGUAACACAAUAACUGCAGAAUCCCAAGCUGGAGCUCGUCAGCAUGCUGUGUCCCAGUCCAACGGAUCGGAUACAUGUGCUGAAAUAUAGGUGCUCUAUAACAACAGACUUAUUGCGCGUAUCUCGGCUGCUUUUAUUCUCGGUACAUUCCACCCAAUUUUGUCUCUUCCUACAUCACAGAUUAUGUACACGCACUCUUUUCGGAUUAUCCGAGAUUCAGCCACGACAUCAAUAAGCACCUAUCACGUCCCAGUCCCGAUCCCAAUAGUACCGGGAGUGUUUCCAACGGUGUCAACCCUUAAUUAAAAAGAUGGUGCUACUUGUGCAAGCAUGCCGAUACUAUCACAACGGUAAAUUGGAUCUGCAACGAACAGAUCCCGGGCUGCGUUGGCCGAUAGAUUCGACAGGGAUGACUUGGUUGGAUCGUAUUACUUGUACGUAUAUAGUACUAAUUGUCAGCUGGAUCGCUGGAUUUACACUUUGCUUUUCAUGCCUUUCAUAUUCUAUCGAUCCAAAUUAACUCUGUACACACUUCAAACAUUAUAACUCUA